UUCGAUUGUGUAACUUCCAAAGCAAGAUUCUUUCUUGCCUUUAGAUUAUGUUGUUAAAUAACAAUAAAAUAGCGAAACUAUGAAGUAAAUUGUCGUUUGUCGACUAUUGAAGUGUAAAACAGGCACUAUAUAGUGUGUAUCCUGUGUGAUAGUAAUUUGAUUUCUGUACAUAGUGGAAACCGGUGCUUCGUGGAAAGAUGGCUAAAUACAUCGCUCAAAUUAUCGUCUUGGGUUCACAGAUUGUUGGUCGAGCCUUCGCCCGUGCACUGAAGCAAGAGUAUGCGGCUUCACAGGAAGCCGCCAAGAGAGCCGGUGGUGGCCAACAGGGACAAAAUCGCGUUGCGGCUAACUUAAAAACCGGAUUGACUUUAGAAGAAGCUCAACAAAUUCUAAAUAUUACAAAGCUAGACCCUGUGGAAAUUCAGAAGAACUACGAACAUCUAUUCAAAGUCAAUGAUAAAUCCAAGGGCGGAUCGUUUUAUUUGCAGUCGAAGGUAUUCCGAGCUAAGGAGCGGAUAGACCAAGAAUUAAAAGCAAGUAAACCUCCAGAAGCAAACGAACGAAAGGACACGACCUCAGAGAGUACAAGUGAGCAGAAGUAAGUUCGUUAGAAAUUUUUAUUUUAAGUUGUAUUUAGAGUCAAAUUCAAUAAAAAUUUGAUU